GCAGGUUGUUCGAUACGGCAGCACACGCGGCGUAUACGUAACGUGGAAAAGGACAAGAUUCUUUCGUGAGUCGAGUGAAGGUGCAAGGCUGCCGUUUAACAAUCGCCGCUGUCCUCGCGCCGCUCCUGAUCAAUUAGAGCCCCUCGCCGAGCGGCUGACUCACCUGUUUUUCGGGUCAGAGUUGUUUGAUUUGCUGCAAGAACACUUGGCGUAAACAAAACGUGUCCGAAGCACUGGAAGCACGCUCCAGUGCUCCACGGCUCUGGCUGGAAGUUGCGUCAGGCGCACGCAGCUUCCAUGAUGGUUUCGUGGGAAGCUGGCGCUGCUGCCUGGCGACAUUCACCGUUCUGAGUUGGCCCCCGUUGCACGUGGGCUGGCCCAGCUACGGUGCUAUUAAGCCUCAGCAUCGAAGGCGGACCACCACUACCACAACUGAGACUACUGAGUGCCACAAUCUACCAUAAAUAACCCAGAGGCAGCUUGUAAUCAGCCAGCCAAUCUCCCCGUUCUCCGUUCUCUGUUCUGCGUUCUCCAGUGCGUGUCGGGCCCUGUGAUUCGGCCUUUGUGCAACUUUCAACCGUGUAAUUGAAAUUAAUGAUCAUUGUGCGGAUGUCUCCGUAAUUCCGGUUUCGCAGUGCGAUUAUAACUCUGAUGUUCUGCCCUGAAGCUUGAAUCUUGAAGGAGUCCCGGCACUUUGCUUUAUUAAAGCCUCGCCCCAGGGGCAAAUAUCACUCACAGUUUAGCGAAACGCAUCUCACAAAUUGCUGUGUGACAGCCAGAAUGCAGAACUGAUUGCUGCUCAUCAGGAGCCACUUGAAAAACAGAGUGCAGCAUGCGAAGGAAAAAGAAAAGUGUAGUGAUAGCGACCAGGAAAACAAUCCGACUUUAGUGCCAAUAGUGCCGUACGAAAUGCUGCUGCCAGUGCCGUGCUGUUCGUGUCCAUGUUGUGAUUACAUAAUGAGACGUUGCUGAAAGUCAAAGUCAAAGGAGAAGCUCCCAAGUUCCCAGUGUGUGAAAGCCAGCCAGCAAUAUCUCAACUCGCCGCAAGCCGCAAGUCGCAAGAACGCAAGCCGAAGCAGAAGGCAAACAGAAGGACGCAGGACUCAGGAGGCAGGAGGCAGGCAGCCAAGGCAGCCGGAGGAUGCCCUUCGGUCGCAAGUCCCCGCUGGAGGCGCUCGCCCUUCCCGGCGUGAUGCUCGCCUACAAGUACAGCCAGUUCCGCCAGCGCCGCCGGGAGGCUGCCAGCCGACGGGUCACCGAGCGCGAACUCUCGGCGCUGCACCAUAAAAUCGACAAGCUGCUGAGCAAGCUGGAGGAGGAGAGCGAGCCGGACCCGCCCACCUCGCAGGAGGACGAGUGUGUGAUCUGCAUCAACGCCCGCGCCACCAUGCAGACCUCCCCGUGUGGCCACCGCGUCGUCUGCCGGCGGUGCUUCGUGAAGACCAUACAGAGCGCGGUGGCCCAGCGGCUGCUGCCGCUCCGCUGCGUGAUCUGCCGGGCGCGGGUGAACCGGCUGACCUCGUCCUCGGGCACCUGGCGCAUCCAGGAGUCGGCCAGCAGCUACUCGAUGGGCGCCAAGAGCUGGGCCUCCGCCGGAGUGGCCGCCGGCGGGGUGGUGCCCUCGGCCAGCUCCUACUCGAUGAACGACGCGCACAGCGGCCACCACUCGUUCCACCAGCCCACGCUGCACAAGUCGGCGGUGGGGCGGCACCACCCGCACCACCCGAACCACUACCCCGCCCCCCGCGGUAGCACCGGCACCACCCACGGACGGGUCUCGCAGUCGGACAGCCUCUACUCGAUGAGCUCGACGGGAUCGGCGGCCUCGUCGGCCUCCGGCUACUCGCACUACUCCAAGACGUCUUCCAUAUCGAGCAGCGGUCCCUGCUCCCCGGCGCUGCCGGCCGUGGCUUCCAGCUCCCAUCACCUGGCCCCGCCCUCGCCCACCAGCCACACCAGCCACACGCACCACACGCACCACCCGCACGGCCUGGCCUCGCCUACUCCCUCGGGAUCCUCGGGCAGCUCGCUCUCGCCGCGGGAGAACGUUACCUCGCACUCGCACUCGCACCACGGCGGCUGUCCCAGUGGCUGCUCCGGCGCCGUGCCAAGGAAACCGCUCCACACGCUGACCAACUGCUCCUCCGCUCCCGCUUCCGGUUCAGGUUCCGGUUCUGGUUCCGGUUCCUCCUCCAGCGGAAGUGGCAACAGUGGCGGCGGAGGAGGAGGAGGAGCUGGAGUGGCUGAGCGCGGAGCCAGCGGAAUGAUGACGCCCACGCACACUUAUCCGGGUCGCCGGCACGUGAAGAACCGACUGAUGGACAUCCAGAACCGCCUGCCGCCCAUCAAGGAGUUCCGCAGUCCGGCCAAGGUGCCGCAUCCCUCACCCGUGCACGUCAGCAAUCCCAGAUUCCGCUACUCCACUUACACCAAGUCCAGUGCCCACGAGCUGGCUCCUCUGCUGCGGGACUCGGGAUCGCCACCUCAGCCACGGCGGCCCAGUCCCAUGAACAUCCAGCUGAGCUGCUCCGCACUGGCCCCGCCCCCUUUGAAGGCGGGCGGGGCAAAGAUCUGCCCGCUGACCUCGAAGAACUCGCUGCCGAAAAACGCUUACGUAAUGCCCAAGGACAAGAAGCAGCCAGCUUCUGCUCCGCAGGGGAAAGCCACUGGAACUGCCGCCAAGUCAACUCCCCAGGGAGCCAGCUGCUCGAGGGCCUCUGCAGGAUGUGCUGCCGCCAGUUCAGGAUCAACAGGAUCCGGAUCGGCCAGCAACGCCAAGCCCACGUCAAGCUCUUCCAGUCGCAGUUUUCCGCUUUUCUCCGCCGCCAGCAAUCAGAGAGAGAAGGCUGACAAUAAGAAGAACGAGUCCGUUGAGCGCAAGAAGAAGGAGGAGAAGCUCAAGCUGAAGGCUGAGAAGGAAGCCAGGAAGGAGGAGAAGCGACUGGCCAAGGAGGAGGAGCGCCUGGCCAAGCAGCAUGCCAAGGAGGAGAAGAAGCGGGGCAAGAAGGAGGCCAAGGAGCUGCUGUUGGCCAACGAUGGAAACAGCAAGAAAUGAGGAAAGGCGAAGUGAACGGAAGGAGCCCAAUUAGCCAGCAAAAACGCAUAUUUCCAGUUGCAAUUUUAGACGUAAGGACAUCACAAAGUACCCGAAACCGUACUAUAUCAACCCGGAUCGGAACGGAUCGAAUCAUAUAGCCAUAACUCACACCGAAACACAUAAGACGAGCUUGAUUGUAUUCUUAGGAUUUUGUCAGUUAGCCAUAAAUCGUUUCUAUAAGUUUCCUACCAAAACAGAAAGCAGAAAAGAGCAAAGCCAAAUAUUAUCCUAAACAUCAUUAAUCAACAUUAUUGAUACCUUAAAACGAGACUCUGUAUAUAUUUUAUUUAAAAUUAUUUAAAUAUGUAAUUGGUUUGGCUAUUCAAAAGAGAAACCAAAAUGCCAAAACUUUGUAUGAACGAUAAAAACUUGGCAGCCACUUAUUUACUCACUUUUCUCGCAUUAAAUGUAUUCUUAGUUUUAAGCAGAAACUUCCACUUAGUUUCCCUUAGUUUACUUACCACUUUCAUAACUCUUCACCGUCUAGAGAUAUGAUAAGAAUAUAUAUCGCUGCCUUUGGUUCGACAUUGCCUCAGUCUCAGCUCACCUUUCUCAUUACCAAUUUAAAGGUUGUUGAAACGAUUUCGAUUUGAACAGAUUCUGAUAGAAAUAUCCGUACUAGACCUUUUUACCUUCAAGUUUCCGAAUACUACUAACAAGAUACCCUUAAAUAGAGAGAACCUCAAUCGAGAUAUAGAACCAUGACCACUCAAAGGCAACCAGAGUUAGAGCAAAGCUUUAGCAACCGUGAGCCCGAAUCCGGAUAUAUUAAUAAAUAUAUGCUACCAGUAUGUUAACAUGUUGACUAACAAAUUACAAAAAUUAGUGCAUAUUAAAGUAGUUUUCAUAUACCCCUCUAUAUAUAUUAUAUAUAUAUCUGUAUCUGUAACUAAAUCUAUAGAUUCCAUGCCUAUAUUGGAAACUGUUCAAGCGGCAAACAUAAGCAAUGUUUCGAUGUAUGUAUGUGUAUAUGUAUGUGUUACCAGGAUUGUUUUAAAAACAGAAAGAAAAGCCCCGCAGAAGGGGAGCAAAGAAACCCAAUAAAGAAUCAAUUAUGUUGAAGGA